CGGAUGUUUUCCACCCAGCGCACUUCCGGGUAGCCCAGCUAGCGUUAGCGGUCCAGACUAAACCGAUGAAACUCGGGACAACAGCGGUGCUGAAGUAGCUGACUGAGCGGCCUGAUAAUGAGGAGCGUCUUACUCACUAUCCUUCUGGCUCCUUGCUUGGUCGCCGCGGCGGUUAAAUCAAGAGUCACCGCCGAGAGCAUCCACGAAGAGAACCCGGAGCUCGAUGCCCUGAGCUCCGUCCUGUCAGACUUCGAGGUGCUGCCGUGGUCAGGCCUCCAGCUGCACUCUGUCAGGAAGAGGGACGUCCACACCCAGUCCCACCUGGAGCGUCUGGUGAGCUUCUCAGCCCUGCACAGGCAUUUCAAGCUUUACUUGACCACCAACACAGAGCUUUUUACUGACAACUUCAAAGCUGUGUUUGUUGAUAAAGAUGGGAGGGAGGAGAACUAUGAUGUUCAGCUUCAGAACUAUUUCACUGGACAUGUGGUCGGAGAGGAGAAUUCACGUGUGCAGGCACACAUAGAUGGAGAUGAGUUUUCUGCUCACAUUCUAACUGAUGAAGCGGAGUACAAUGUAGAGCCCCUAUGGAGGUUUACAGACACCCCAACUGAUGGCAGGUUGCUGGUUUAUCGCUCCGAAGACAUCAAGAAUUUGAGUCGCAUUGUCUCCCCAAAAGUGUGCGGUUAUGUCCACGCAGAGGACAUGGACCUGCUGCCCCAGACCGAGCGCAGGGAUCGGGGCGGGCCGGAGGUGGAACAGAAAAAUGAGACCCAUCACAGAGAGAAAAGACAAGCGCACGACCACAAGAAGAAUACUUGCCCCCUGCUGCUGGUUGCUGAUUAUCGCUUCUUCAAACACAUGGGCCGUGGACAAGAGAGCGUCACUCUCAACUACCUGAUUGAGCUGAUUGAUCGAGUUGAUGACAUUUACAGGAACACAACCUGGGACGAUGAAUUCAAAGGCUAUGGGGUUCAGAUCCAUCAGAUCAUCAUCAACAAAGAGCCAACAAGGCCUCCCUCUGGCUAUGCUGGCAUCGGCUGGAUUAACUAUAACAUGGAGAACAGCCCUGAGGGAGAAAAAGAGGUGUGGGACGUGAAGAGACUUCUGGAGCAAUUCAGCUCCGACUUAGCUGGCAACGCCUCCACUGUGUGUCUGGCCCACCUAUUCACCUACCAGGAUUUUGAUGAGGGCACACUGGGGCUGGCCUACGUGGCCCCCUCCAAAGCGCAGGCCCUGGGCGGCCUCUGCCCCAAACCUUACUACCCCUCCCACUCUGUGAAGAAACCCAGUUACCUUAACACAGGCCUGACCAGCACCAAGAACUACGGCAAAACCAUCCUCACAAAGGAAGCAGAUUUGGUGACCACUCAUGAGCUGGGCCAUAACUUUGGAGCAGAGCACGACCCUGACAACAUCCCAUAUUGUGCUCCCAGUGACGACCAUGGAGGGAAGUUCGUCAUGUACCCUAUCGCUGUGAGCGGAGACCAUGUCAACAACAAGCGUUUCUCCAACUGCAGCAAGAUCUCCAUUGGAAAGACAUUGCGUUCCAAGGCUCCAAUGUGCUUCAAGGAGAGGAACAGUAAAGUAUGUGGGAACUCCAGAGUGGAGGAGGGGGAGGAGUGCGACCCCGGGCUACUCCACCUAAACGAUGACCCAUGCUGCUCAUCCGGCUGCAAGUUCAAACAUGGUGCACAGUGCAGUGACAGGAACAGCCCGUGCUGUAGCGAUUGCAAGUUUCAGCAGGCAGGAGUUAGGUGUCAGGAACCCAUCAGUGCUACCUGUAAAGGCACAUCCUCCUGCACAGGCAACAGCAGUGAGUGUCCACCUCCUGAAAAUGCAGAAGACGACACAGUGUGUGUUGACAACGGCCGGUGUCACAAAGGAGAGUGCAACCCUUUCUGUGAGGCCAUGCAGAGCCUUCAGUCCUGUGCUUGCAAUGAAACGGAUAACUCCUGUAAAGUGUGCUGCCGGGGAAAAGAUGGAAUCUGCUCUCCCUUCAUCCAGACCAAUGGCAGUUUCCUUUUCCUUCGCAAAGGGAAACCGUGCACCGUGGGCUUCUGUGACGGGGGCGGAAAGUGCAUGAAGCAGGUGCAGGAUGUGAUCGAGAGGUUGUGGGAUUUCAUCGACAAGCUGGACAUCAACACGUUUGGGAAGUUCCUGGCUGAUAACAUCGUGGGCUCAGUCGUGGUGUUUUCCCUCAUCUUCUGGAUUCCUCUGAGUAUCCUGGUUCACUGUGUGGACAAACGACUUGACCAGCAGUAUGAGGAGAACACAAAGUCCUUCUACUUCCCUCCAAGUAGUCAAGAAAUGCUGAGCAACCUCGAGUCGGCGUCCAUGCGCAUCGUCAAGCUUCCUCAGCCUCCCUCCUCCUCCGCCGGCCAGACCGCGCCCUCUUCCCUGCCCAUGCGGCCUCAGCAGCUAAGCCAGGUCGGGGCCCCUCCCGCAGCCAGCAGCAGCAGCAGCAGCAGCAGUACUCAGGCCCCCAGCCAGAGUUACGGCCCCGCCCCGGACAGCGCAGGGGGGGAGCGGAUGGCCACCAUCCAGGAGGACACCAGCAGCGGCUCUCACCUGGGAGAGGAGGGCCUGUCGGACGAUUUCACCACCGGAGGAGCCUGCUCGUCGGGUACGAAAUCCUCCUACGAGGAUCUGACCGAACAGAACCUGCCAGCCAGGGAACGGCGCCGCCUCCUGAGGCAGAACUGCAUUGACACUAAAGAGACGGAGUGCUGAGUAAAAAAACAGCACUUUUUGUUUUAAAAGCACCAAACUUGUACAUGCACCCUGAUGAGUGUUUUAGGGAACAUGCUAAAUGAAUGCAGCAUCAUAGGGUUUUUUUCUUAUCACAAGUCAAAGUGUUUAGAGGUAAUAUAAUACACGUUUUGUUGGCCUGAUUGUGUUUAUCAGUGCUGUAGAUAACAUUUCAGGCAACACCAGACACUGGAUAUUACUCUGUCAGCUGUAACAUGAAUUGAGUCACUGUACAAAUAAUGCAUGAGUCGUCUCAAAUCGCUGUGACGGCAGGUAAGAGUCGUUGAGUGAUUUCAUGUUUUUGUGUGUGUCUGUGUGAAAUAAUGUUGUGCCUUUUUUCAAUUAGACAGAUGAUAUCUUCGGACAGAAGAAGCCACGGAAACCUUAGGAGGUCUUUGUGAAUAAAUACACAGUGGGCAGGUUCUGAAAACACAUUGAACAGUUCAAUUAUCUUUUAGCUGAUUCGAUUCCUUCUUUUAACCCCAAGAACAAAAGAGAUGAAAACUGAUAACAUUGAUCCCAAGACUUUUGUCAGUGUGCUGUUUAAAUAAAUUGAGCUUUGAUUGUGGACCAUAAGGGGGGGAAAAGGCAACAUGUUAACAGUGUUGACCUUGACUCUCUCCACCUACAGGUUUGCUCUACGAACUUUUAAAGGGUGAAAGUUGUUAAUAUUACGUUGUUGCAGUGGUUAUUUUCCCAGUAUGGGAAACAUUUAAGUGCGAUUCAUAUGUUGACUACAUGGAUACUUGACUUAAAGGAUGACUGGUUUAUCGUGAAAUGAGUCAUAACUGCACUUAAAGUAUUUUUCACAUUAACCGGGAGUUGAAUUAAGUUUUCUACUCGUACUCUCUAUUUUGUGUCAUAAAUGGUUGCUUUGAAAAUUUGCAAGGAUCAAUGUAAUGCUAGUGUUAGUCAUUUCUCCGUUUUUUUUUUAUGUGAUUGAUCCCUGUAUGAAACUACAUGGUGCCUUUUCAGAUUGUGCCUCACUGUUCUGACCUAUUUCUGGAAAAGGAGAAAAGACGAGAAAAUUCCCAGUAGAUGAACAAUGAAUCCAGACAAUCCUGAAUUUAAUUUUAGAAGAAACUGCCGGAGGUGCUCCAAUAUUAUUUUUCUGUCCUUGUGCUAAUGUGAGUAAAAGCAUCUCUUUCUCUUGUUUAUGCCGUCUCACCACUGUUGCCUGCUGUUUUAUGUUACAAUCGUAAAAUAUGUAAUCAACUGUUACUCAAGAGAAAUGUGUGUAUUGUGUAGGUAACCUAUUCAACCGGAUGGAUGUGAACUAGUAUAUGUUUUUUGUCCUUUAUUCUGAUUUGUUUCUUUGGCUAUAAAUAUUCACCAUGAAUUUCAUUUUUUAAGUUUCUUUCUUGCAUCACCAAAGUAUAUAUGAAAAUAAAAAUGUUUUAAUGUGCAUUUUAAA